AUGGCGGCUCGCGAGAUCAACACUCUGGCGGAUUUCGAUUUUCACUUCCACCCUACAGACCGCAUUCGAGGCCUUAUAGACCAAACAUUUGGUGUCCCUCUACCUGAUGAAGUUGAAAAAAAGCUAGAUGAGAGCAGAAGCACGCUCAACCCGUUAGACAUUCGAGAGCUGUGUCGCUCCUGUGGCUGGAAUGAUAAACACGAACUCGGAAGCUCAUAUAUAUCACGCCUUGGUGUCUUUCAUACGCGCGGGAACCGUGGCUUGUGGGUCAUGGGAAACGACUGGAUGAUCUGGGAUCGCACAGAGGAGGAGAGUGGGAACGACUAUAUGACACACCAAUUUCUUCAGAAACACAAUCCGAAGAAUAUACCGCUUCUAAAGACUAUGGCUGAGUUCAAGGAUGAAAAUGGAAAGUAUAACUUUGUUGUCUUGUCUCGAGCCAGGGGGGUUCCACUGCAUAAUGUAUGGAAAAAACUGUCUCGCAAGGAAAAGCGUGGCUAUGCCCAUCAGGUGGCUGAAAUGCUUCGAGAACUACGCGGGUUCACGGCGGAAUCCCCGCAGAGAGUGGAUGGAAGUCCGAUAUGGGAUAAUAUCGUUGCAGCGUGCGGCUCACGCAAGCAUUGCAUCAAUGUUGGAAAGACAAAGGAGGAGUGGAUGAAGAAUAUGGAAGAGGAGCUCCGAGAAGGCAUUUCGAGACAGUUGUUGACCAAGGAUAAAGCAGUCAUUGAAGCCAGGCUACAAGAGAUAACGCAUAACUUUCCAGAUGGUGCACCCUAUGUCCUUAGCCAUUGUGACCUCAACUUGGGCAACAUCCUUGUCCACGACGGUAAAGUCGUGGCCAUUAUCGACUGGGAAACGGCUGGCUACUUACCGUGGUGGGUCGAGAUCUUCACAUCCUAUUACCGUUCCCUCAGUCACGCCGACGACGAGUUGUUCGACAUGGUUUGGAAGGAACUUGGCUUGAGCAUCGAAGACCUCAGAAAGGACAUCGGAGCCGUCAUUUCAGCCUAUGGUCGCUGUCCGGUGGAACAUACUGGCCGUACGCAUAUCUGGCUGCGCCCGCCUUUCUGCGAAUGCAAAGAUAAAAACUCGGGGGGCGUCAUUCGUGCGCACGAGAUCGAUUCCGAGGAGAAACACUAUAUCAAUUACGAGGCGCGUUGCUUGGAUUACAAUGGGGAGUAUGCAUGGUGA